UGUUUUAUGUUUAGGGCAGUCCCUCCAGUGUCGGCGUAAUCGCUGACAACAGCUGUGAUUCCAUCCUAAGAAAGACUGUCUUACUGUGUGUCUUUUCCCUUUCCUUUCUAAGCUCCAAAAUGUUCACACUCUCCGAGCUUUUAACGCUUCUUGCGGUCUGCAUUUCCACAGUAUCGUGUUAUUUUGUCAGUAUAGAUGCACACGCCGAGGAGUGCUUUUCCGAACAGGUCACAUCGGGCACUAAAAUGGGCCUCAUUUUCGAGGUAGCAGAAGGAGGCUUCUUGGAUAUCGAUGUAGAGAUCACAGGGCCUGAUGGUAAAGGGAUUUAUAAAGGAGACCGUGAGUCAAGUGGGAAGUACACAUUUGCUGCUCAUAUGGAUGGAACAUAUAAAUUCUGCUUUAGCAAUCGAAUGUCCACCAUGACACCAAAGAUAGUAAUGUUCACCAUUGACAUUGGAGAGGCUCCAAAAGGACAAGAUAUGGAAACGGAAGGUGGUGGGGAUACUUGGGAUGCUCAUCAGAAUAAGUUAGAGGAGAUGAUUAAUGAGUUGGCGGUAGCCAUGACUGCUGUGAAGCAUGAACAGGAAUACAUGGAAGUCCGUGAAAGAAUACACAGAGCAAUUAAUGACAACACAAACAGCAGAGUGGUUCUGUGGUCCUUCUUUGAAGCCUUGGUACUGGUUGCAAUGACACUUGGACAGAUCUACUACUUGAAGAGGUUUUUUGAAGUACGAAGAGUUGUUUAGAAUUUGGUGACAUUUCAUAUACACAAUUUAAUGGUUACCAAAAUACCUUGAGUGAAGCAACUUAAGUUCAACCUUUUCAGUCUUUAUUUCAUUUCACUGUUUCAACUUCUUUGUACUUCAGAGGAGGCUUUUUAUAUUUGUUGUACAAUAAACUAUUACACUGUG